GCCUGCAAGUCAGCGCUCAGGGCGAAGGUUCUGCCCGCUGUGGGUUUAGCAGCGAGUUUAUUUGUGACAGCUCGUCAGAAAGCGGUGAAAACCGCUUCGUCCGUGUCCGUGGGUCAGUCCUCCUUACUGCCGAAGUGACCCACAGCUGGAGCGAAACGACCUGCGGAGCUUCGUUCCUCCACCUGCUGCCCGAAAGGAGCAACCAGUUGUCAGGGGAUGGCAGGCCGGCUGCAGCGCCCCCUGGUGGCGGUGGCCUUUCUGUGCUGCCUGGUUGGGGUGCGGUGCGGCCCGGACCCCAGGCUGCGGAAGGAGCUGAUGGAGCUGGAGGAGUCCAUGCAGACGGGCGGCGGGAUGGUGCUGACGGAGGCCGAGCAGCGGCUGGACGCUCUGCUGGCCAAACUGAAGCAGGACGAGAUGUCCAGGAAAGACUUUCCUCCCUCCAUGCACUUCUUCACGGCCCGGCGCCUCAUCCAGGCGAGUCCCCUCUUCAGGCUGCUGCAGAAGAUGCCAAAAGGCGGCGUCCUUCACGUCCAUGACUUCGCCAUGGUGGACGUGGAGUGGCUGGUGAAGAACGCCACGUAUCGCCCGCACUGCUACAUGUGCUUCACCGACAGCGCGUCCGUCCGCUUCGUCUUCGCGUCACAGGGGCCCAAACCUCUGGAGCGCUGCUCCGCCUGGGUCCUGCUGGAGAGCCUCCGCUCCGAGGCGGGCAACGCAACCGACCUGGACAACAGCAUCAGAGGUAACCUGACGCUGUUUACGGACCGGGAUCCAGAGAAAGAGUUCCCCAGCCAGGAUGUGGUCUGGAACCGCUUUGAGGCGGCCUUUGCCUUGUGGGGGCUGGUGACCUUUGCCCCCGUCUUCAGGGAUUACUACAUCGAGGCUCUGAACCAAUUCUACGCAGACAAUGUCAUGUACCUGGAGCUGCGUGCGCUCCUGCCUCAGCUGUACGAGCUGGACGGCAGCAGCCACGACCGGGCCUGGACCCUGCAGGCCUACCAGGACCUCACCAAGCAGUUCGUCUCCACUCACCCAGACUUCUACGGAGCCAGAAUCAUCUUCACCAACCACAGGCACGCUAAACUGUCGGUGGUAGCUGCAGCUGUGAAGGAGGCGAUGCACCUGAAGAAGGACUUUCCCGACUUCCUGGCCGGUUUUGACCUGGUGGGCCGGGAGGACCAAGGCCGGACGCUGUGGUACUUCAGGGAUGCCUUGACGCUGCCUGCAGAGAAAGGCGUCGCGCUGCCGUACUUCUUCCAUGCCGGAGAGACGGACGUUGAGGGAACUGAAGUGGACCAGAACCUGCUGGACGCUCUGCUGCUCAACACGUCGCGUAUCGGCCACGGGUUUGCACUGCAGCGCCACCCAGUGGCCAAAGAUCUGUCCAGGAAGAGGGGCGUGGCUGUGGAGGUGUGCCCCAUCUCCAACCAGGUGCUGAAGCUGGUUAAGGAUCUGCGGAAUCACCCCGCCGCCGCUCUGAUGAUGGAGAAUCACCCGCUGGUCAUCAGCUCCGACGACCCGGCCAUGUUCGGCUCCUGCGCGCUCUCCUUCGACUUCUACGAGGCGUUUGUGGGUUUCGGCGGUUUGAAGUCCCACAUCGGCUCCCUGAAGCAGCUGGCCGUGAACUCCAUCAGGUUCAGCUCUUUGACUGCGAAGCAGCAGGAAGAGGCGCUGGUUCUGUGGCAGAGAAGAUGGAGCGAGUUCGUGGCUGAAAACUGAAGAGCGAGAACGUUUUUCUGUCACAUUGAACUUUUUCCAGUUGUGCCACUGAAACCGAUGAUCCUCGACACAUUCAUCCUUUUAUCGUUACAGAAAUAAACCCAAAUAGCUGCUGCUUCGUUUAAAUCAGGGGAAACAUUGAUUAUUUUCAAUAGAAAAUGUGAAACUAUUGAUUAUCUGAUUCCUGGAUUGGCACAAGUGCUGCAGCUAAUGAUUAUUUAGGGGACAAACAAUUAUUCUGAUCAAUUAGGUCUGAGAAUCUCUUGUCAAAAACAAAUUUUCCAGUUAAUAGAAAUAAAUGCUAAUGUUAUUUUGAAACCAUUUUCAACUAUCAGAGUAAUAAUGGCAUGUUAAUGCAAGUGCAGCCUCUCAAAUGUAAGAAAAACUAACAUUUCUUAACAUUUAACACAGAAACUUUUAAAUAUCAAAAUAAACAAAUGAAAAAGAAAUAAAA